GCGGAGCACAGAGGGACUCGGAAGCUGUUCGCUCGGUCGGAAGUUGAAGGAUGUGGCUGCUCUCAGUGUUGGUGCCGCUUCUCAGACUCUACAUGUGCGGAAUUCGAGUUCUUCUCUAUCAGAUGUUCAACAAGUCUUUUAAGCUUCCAGCUUGGACUUUCCAGCACCGUGACAAAAAGAACACUGUCAGGGUUGUGAUUUAGGAACAAAUCAUUCACUGACUCUGGAGUUUUUCAGGAAAGCACACUUUGGGGAAAUCACUGCUCCCAGCUAAAAAAAAAAGCAGCGGUUUCACAGUUAGUAUACUACCCUCAGCUGCUUUAGCUUCAUAUUGAACAAACUCUUAAGCCAACAAUUUUAACUCCAGAAUCUAGUUGUCUUUACUCUUUAAUUUCAACAUCCUAGGACUGCCACCACGAAAAUGCUAACAGCUGCAUACACCUGAGUUUCUUCCAAGAACAUAUACACACCUAAAAUGCUAGUACAUUUGUUUUAAACCCCACAAAUUAAUCAUGUUUUGGACUGAUAGUAUUUUAGGUUGACAAAUUAAAUGCCAUACAUUUUCAUCACAAUUAAGUGUGGCCAAAGUACAGCAUACUACCAUUGAACACACCAAGCUGUGAAGUUUCGUAUUUCCAAGUCAGAAGCAGCCAGAAGAAUUUCCAAUUCGCGUGUUCUCAUUAAGUGAAGGAAUCCAGGUGGAUUGCUUACCCAAAGAACCAAUGGAGGGUAAAAAUGCAGGACCUUCAUGCUCUGGCAUCAAUCUGGUCGCACACCCUCGAGCAAAAAGCAAAGUCUGGAAGUACUUUGGCUUUGACACCGAUGCGGAUGGCUGCAUAUUGCACUGGAAGCGGAUAUACUGCCGUGUAUGCAUGAGCCAAAUCGCUUACUCUGGAAACACCUCUAAUCUGGCAUACCACCUCGAAAAGAACCACCCCGUAGAGUUUAGUGAGUUUGUGAAAAGCAACACAGAUCAGAUGCGUGAGGCGUUCGUUACGGCAUUCUCCAGAAUAAAAAACGGGCCUACAGGAGUACAUGCACAGCAACAGUCCCAGGAAAUAAACUUGCAACAGAACUUGGACUAUGAAAAUAGACGACACAAUGAUCUGACAAUAGCCGUCAUCAACUUUAUCUGUGAAGGGUUGUACCCAGUAUCUAUAGUUGAAGAACCUACCUUCAAGACUUUAAUGAGUACUGUUGACCCUGGAUAUUCUCCCCCCAGCAAAAGUGACCUUGCAGUUAGAAUAGUUCCUCAACUGUAUAGCUGUACCAGGGAUGUGAUCUUUAGGGGGCUGGCGGGGGUUGUGAACUGUGCCGUUUCUACAGAUCUUUGGCAAAGCAAAACCCACAGUAGUACAUAUAUUUCACUCUCAGUGCAUUCAGUUAAUUACAACAGUGCCACUGGCUUCUCAAUGACCAAUAAAUGCCUGAAAACAUUUGAAGUCCAGGAGGAAAACACAACGGAGAACAUCACCAGAGCGAUGUAUGAAGCCUUUGUUGAAUGGGGAAUAACCCAUAAAGUCAGUGGGGCUACCACAAAUGGUUCAGUAGACAUUGUGAAAGCAUGCUCACUCCUGGAACUGUCGGUGGAAAUGCCUUGCCUUGGCCAUAGCAUUAAUCGUGCUAUGGAUGAAGCCUUCCAGUUGCCCCGACUCGACAGCUUCAUGGGACGUUGCCGCAAACUUGUUGAUCAUUUCAGAGAAACGCCCAUGUAUGUGCUAAGAGAAAAACAGAGCGAGCAUGGCCCCACUCAUUGCGCGCUGAUCUCAGACAGGGGUGGUUCUUGGUUGGCCACACUGGCAAUGUUGCAAAGAUUGAAGGAGCAACAGGUUGCUGUGACUGCAACCCUCAGAGAGAGUCCCAGCAGCCAUCAUGUCAGUUUUGAUGGUUCGGACUGGGCCAUAUUGGAUGGCUUGAUUGAAAUCCUUCAGUCCUUUAAAGCUGUGGCAAACAUGAUCACUUCUUGCAAGUAUCCAACCAUUAGCAUGGUGAGACCUGUGCUUCAUAUGCUUUUGAGCACCACCCUUAAAGCGAAGGAAGGGGACCUCAAAGAAAUCAGCAUGACCAAAGAGGUAAUCUCCAAGGUGCUAUCAUGCACCUACUCACAGAAUUCCCAGGUUUCGCAAGAGAUCUCAACAUUUCUCAACAUUGCUACCUUCUUGGAUCCUCGGUACAAGAAGCUGCCUUUCCUUUCCACCCAUGAACGCUCAAAAGUUGAGAGUAACGUCAUUGAGGAGGCCAAAGCAGUCCUUGAGAAGCAGAUUUUGGAGCGGUCAGGCACUGACGAUAUGUCCCUGGUCUGCGAAGAGCCACCUAGCAAAAAGCAGGCACCCCUAAGAGAAUUUUCCACCAGCACUGCAGCUGAAGACAACCCUUUAGCUGCUAUAUUUUGCCAGUCAGAGGCCGACCAGAGCCAGGAGGAGCUCCAUGCUCAGGUGAUUGAAGAGCUGAGCAACUACAAGUCCCAGAGGGUUCUUGGUCUGAAUGAAGACCCUCUGAUUUGGUGGUCGAGUCAUGCAUCCUCUUUCCCCACGCUUCCCAGAGUGCUCCAAAAGUACUGGUGUGUUCCUGCCACAAGCAUACCUUCCCACAGGUUGUUUAGCUCAUCAGGAACUGUUCUGUGCGGGAAAAGGAACCGCAUAGCUCCAGCUCUAGUAGAUCAGCAGGUCUUCCUUUAUGAGAACUCUCGGGGCUACUACGAGCCUGAACCCGGUGAGGGGGAUUUUGACACUGCUUUGGAAGGUCAGCUAUAAUCUGGGUCAUCCACUGGAAUGAUUAUUGUGUUUAAUAAAUUAACACUAUUGUGUAUAUACAGUGAAUUCUUUAUGUCUGAUGUUUUAAGCAUGAAAAUGUAAUUGACCUCUUAUAGCUUUUUUGGCCUAAAUUUCAUAUGAACAGUUUGACUUUAACGUAUUGGUGUCAUAUUUGUUGAAACCUUUUCUUUCUGAGUUUGAUAUUAAAAGGUCCAGUCUUUGUCUGUGUUCACACUUAGCCUAAUUUAGCAUAAAAACUGGAAGCAGAGGGAAACAACUAGCCUCACUGUGUUCUUAUCACUCUUCUGAAGUUAAUCAAUUCUUUUAUGGUUAAACUGAUAACUAAAAGCCAUCUGUUAAAUACGUUGCCAAGCUUUGAUUGCUGUGAAAUUUUUGGCCCACAAAGAUUUGACACAGAUAAUAGUGCCCAGAUGAUGUAUCGCUAUGAUGAUCUCCUGGCAUUCUGUCCUGUGUCAUCGCAAGGUCAAAUGUGUAGUGUGUCCUGUAGUUCAGUUGCAUUUAGAUUACAGAUCAUACGCACAGUGCAUUUUUGCCUUGAACAGGCUACCAUGGUAGGUGUUUCCCACUGCUUCAGGAAUUUGUAGUCCCGAUGCGAAGUCAAUCUUUAAAACACCGUAUUUGCCAAGAUGGAAGGAAAACAUAAGUUAUAGUACAUGAAGAUUAUUAUUUUAUUAUUCUAUUGUACAAGAGAAAAAGUAACUGAAUCGCUGUGUCUGAAAUUACUGUUUCUUCAACAAACACCUGUCUCGAAAAAAAGUGGUCCAUUAAAAUGAACAUGAAUUGUACCUGUAAACGCCUGUAAGAAUCGGGAACUAAAAAAUAUUUAGUAAUAUGUGUUGUUCAGCGUGUCGCUAACUGUUAAUCACAGUUAAUUACUUGUUUGUUUUUUUUUCUUGAAAUCUGAGAUUUACUGGAAAAUGGAAAUGCAUUUAAAUAAAUACCUUUCAGCAUAAAGUGGCAUUGAUGGAGGUGGGAGUAUAAAAUGACAUGCUCUGCAUAAUAUUAGCAUGCACAAGGUAUGUUGUGAAAACACUUUAUAAAAGUAAAGAUUUUGUUCAAUAUUU